UGCAUAACCCACAUGACUGCUCCAGACUUUCACAAUCAUUCAAAUUCUGGAAAUUACGCAGCAAUGCCUGGAAACCAAAGCACAGCAAUGGUCAGGAAGAGUGGAAAAAAUCCUUUCCUCUUCCUCCUUUGCAAGCUUUCCUGUUCCAUGGGCCUGUAUUUCUCACUCACUUUCUCCCUCUCUCCUCUUUAUCUCUCACCUCUCUAUCUCUCCUCUUGUCCCUGCUGUGUGUCUUUUUGCACGUUGUUCUCACAGUGUGCUCUGUGUCUGUUUCCUUCACAAUGCUUAUGUUUGAUUUUCUGGAGAUUUGGAUGCUUUGUUUUGGUUGUGAGUCUCUGAAACCACAGUCAUGUGUAUUUGAUAAACUUCAAAUCACACAAGAUCAUCACAAGAUGCAAGAAAAGAACUUUCAACGUACAACAUUGAAGUUUUUGAAGCUUACCUUCUGUCUGUUUCUGUUUUCUCGCUUCAUUUUCUUGUGGGUUGUUGUCCCAAGGCAGCAUUCAGUCUCUGUCAGUGUGCGUGAGAGGAAGAAAGAAAACGAGAUUUUUUUUUUAAUACAGAGAGCAUGAUACUAAUGUCUGCACAAAGACUCCAUUCAUGCAAUUAUAAUGCCAUUACUAUAGUAUGAGUUUGUUCUAAUAUGGGGGAAAUCGAAGAAGAAGAGGAGGCUCUAACUGCUCUGAUUCACAUAUUCAUUCCUCACUGAUUUGAUUUUAGAUGUAGAGAAGAAAGCAUGAAUUGGAAGGCUGCAUUUCUGUGACUUUGUGGAGAAAAAAUCUUGGACUGCCUCACUUUUUCAUCCCUCAGACAGACGCCAUAUGCACGCCUUCAGGAAUCGACCCACCUCUGCCUGUCUGGACAGACUCUGCUCCUCUAUCACUGUCUGUCUCAGGGUUUGAAAGUUUAUUUUCAAACAGUAGUUAAUUGAUGAAGGGAAAUCGUCCUGCACAGUCCUGUGAACAUGUAGAGAUGGAUUGUAUGAAGCUGUUUGGCACUUUCAUCGCCGUUUUUUUCCACCCUGGAUCCGCUUCUGAUAUCAUUGCCCAAAGGAUCUGUCGGCACGGUACACAGCGUCCCUGUUACAAGGUGUCCUACAUUCAGGACAGCAGACGGAGGCUGACCUUUGAGGAUGCCAGGCAGGCCUGCAGGCUGGAUGGAGGUGAGCUGCUCAGCAUUGAAACAGAGAGUGAGCAGCAGCUGAUGGAGAGGUUCAUACAGAGGAUGCAGCCUGGAGAUGGGGACUUCUGGAUCGGACUCCGCCGUAGCCCGCAGCACUACAGGGCAGGGACCACAAAACCAGGCUGCCCGUCGCAGUACUACUGGCUGGAUGGAAGCAAGGCCAAGUUCAGGAACUGGCAUUGGGACGAACCAUCUUGCGGUAGUGAAAUGUGCGCAGUGCUGUACCACCAGCCAUCCGCACCACCUGAUGAAGAAGGUCAUUUCCUGUUCCAGUGGAAUGAUGACAACUGCAACUCCAAAAACAACUUUGUCUGCAAAUAUACAGAAGACAAAGUGCCAGUUUUUACUGAGAAAGAGAAAAAGGCAUAUGCAGGUCCAACUCUGAGGCCAAGAAUACUGUCAACUACAGAAAGUGAUGAGAGACAAAAAAUAGGACUCUCUGAGUCAUCAGUGUCUUUCUCAGACAGCAACCUGUAUAUUUCUUACAUCCUUUAUGCAACUAUUCCUGCUCUGUUGCUGCUGCUAAUGGCAGCUGCUGGGUUCUUCUGCUACAGACAGCAUGCUAAGAGGAGGAAAACAGUCACAGAAAGCUACCCAGAGAGAUUAAAUCCAUGGAUGUCAACAUCAACUCCAUCACCUUGCCCCAUCCAAGGACCUUAUGCUUUCAGUGACAUAAGUAAACUGUCUCACACAGCUGUGGACAGCAGCGUACCCACAGACGUCAUAAGAAAGUACAACCUUCCUCGGCCUCAGGACCUCCAGUGUGAUGAUUAUGAGAACGUGUCAUGCACACACAGGGAGAGUGGCUUUGUGAACAAUGACAUCUAUGAGACCUGCAAAGCUCAGACUGGGUGGGUGGAAAAUGAGAUCUAUGGAUAGUACUGGUCACACCCAUCUGGUCCCUGUGAGCAUCCUUUGAUCUCAUACAUGCUAAUAAAUAUGAUCACGUUGAGAGGAGAAACAAACUGUUUUUACCAUCCUUUUAAACCUGACUGGUUACUUUGGUGGUUUUGUUUGCCUGGUUUCUGGCUUGGCUAUAUUUUUGUGUGCUUCAUUUAGCAUCCAUGUUGCAUUUAGCAUUCAUAUUGCCAUCAGAAAAAAACUUAAAACUUAGCACUAUAAACACAAACUAGCCUUUAGUCAAGACUGAUGAUAAUUUCAUUGUUUUGUUGACCUUAUCAUAUCAUUUGAUAAUUUGCAAUCAAGUCUAAGCAACCUUAAGCCAACGCUAAAGGAAAUGUCAAUGUUUUUUUAUUUGUUUUUAAGUUGUAACUCAAAGUAACAAACAAAAUGGAAUGGAAAAAACUAAGUAAUUAUAAUCUAGAUGGUCCCAACAGUUUAUACAAUAGUUGCAAAUAACUCAAAACUAAGUGUAGCCCUUGUUGCGGUACUAUCCUACAUCACAGAGAUACUGACAAAUUAUGUAACUUCCCAGCUGUACUGAGGCUUGGGAAUCAAAAAGCAGCAAUGAGUCAGCUCAGUUUAGCUGUGCAGCAGCAGUGCUGAUAUAUUUGACAUAGUAAAUUGCACACUUAACCCCAGGAUGAAGUGCAAGUAAGGUUACUCAUAUUGUAAACAAUACAAUAUAGCCACUAAGCUGCUCAGCCGAUUUGUCACCAUAUGAGACAUGAGGACAGCAAAGAUCCUGAAAGAUCCGCUCUCACUAUUGUCCUGUUCUGAGACUGAAGAUCUUUUCACCAAACCUGAGGAGUGGUACCAGCCCUAUGUCGGACUUCCUUUUUGGACUCAUAACAAGGGAUGGGACAGGAUUUGUGAUUAGACUGAUGACCUUAAACCACCUGACUGUGAGAGAACCCCCCCCCCCCCAAUUAAUCUUUGAAAGAGUUUGGACACAUCAUGGUCUCAUCCAUUAGUGUCUAAUUACCAAGAAUAUGCAUGCCUUGUAAAUUUGUGAAAGAGAAUGGAUAGCCUAUAGGUUAUUUAACAAAAUAUGCCUGUGUUCUUUCCGAGUGUCUACUAAGUGGGCUGUUGGGUCUGAGUUUUGGAAAGUUGUAACAGGCCCAGUAAGGAGAGGCUGAGUGUGUUCUUGGAGAAUGUUCGACAGGAAAUGCCAAGAGCACAUCUGGAACUCUUACAUUCAGGAAGUCUAUGCGUGACAGCAGAGGCCUUCAGGCAAAGGGAGUGCUGCUCUGCCUGCUUAGUGAUCCACUGCUCUGUGUUCGACUGUCAGUGCUUGGGAGAGUGACUUUUGGGUGUGAAUGUGAGGUGUAGCUCAAACAUGGUCACAUGGUCUGUGGGUGUCAAAUAAAGUUUGCUUA